AUGAUUCACAUGUGCAGUAUGGAACAUUACCAAUUCUAUCGUAGUUGGAUGUAUGAUAGAAUGUUUCCUGGACGACGUGGGCUUAAACCACUUUUAAUGGAAGGAGUUGCCGCGUUUCUCUCGUAUGCGUUUGCUCAAGAAUGUUGUCGCAGGGAAGGAGGGGUAAGGUGUCAGUGUUUAAAGUGUGGUUGCAGAAAUAUUAUUAGUGACCCUAGUGAAGUGAAACGUCACUUGGAGAGAGUGGGUUUUAGGCCAAAUUACUGGGUUUGGACAUCUAAUGGGGAAACAAUGCAGGAGAUGAAUAUAGAGGCUUCUAGCAGUCAAACACAUAUAGAACCUGAUAUAAAUAGAGUUGAUCCAGGGAGUAGUUCAUCACAUAUGCAAUGCCAGGAGCAAUUUAAUAUCGUCGAGGAGAUGUUCACUGACGCAUUAGGGGUGAAUGUGGCGUAUGAUGAACCACAAGACUUAGAUGGGGAAGAGCUCCCGAAUGAGAAAGCUCAAAGGUUUUAUCAGCUGUUGAAAGAAAUAAAUAUACCAUUGUUUGAGGGGUCUUCUGACUCUAAGCUAUCAAUGUGUGUGAGACUUUUGGCUGCGAAAUCAAAUUGGAAUGUUCCUGAUCAGUGUUUAGAAUUCUUUGCGAGAUUGAUGUUGGACGCGACUCCUGUGAAAGAAAACAUGCCUACAAGUUAUUAUGAUGCAAAGAGGUUGGUGUCGAAGUUGGGAUUAGAAGUAAAAAAGAUUGAUUGUUGCAUUAGAGGUUGCAUGUUGUUUUAUGACAACGAGUUUGGUACAAAUGAUGGGGAAUUGGAGGAAUGUAAGUUUUGUGAGAGUCCGAGGUAUUUAGUUAGCAGUAAAGGAGUUAACCAAAGGCAAAAUCGCAUUGCAACAAAAUCUAUGUUCUAUCUACCAAUAAUACCUAGGUUGCAAAGAAUGUUUGCAUCAAUGCACAGUGCAAGCCAAAUGGCAUGGCACCAUACAAACAGAAUUAGUUCAGGCAUGAUGCGACAUCCAGAAUACAAAAUGACUUUUAGAAGAUUGUUCAUUGAUUUGAGUUUUUCCCAAAGAUCCUAA